GACGUCACUAGCCCACACGGAUGGAUUUUCAGUAGGACAAAACAGGAGAAGAACAACAACAACAAAAAAGUUUCCUACCGGAACGGGUUCGUUGUACUCGGGUUAACAAUGUCGACGAGGCUGUGAAAAGGCGAAAAAAAUAAAAUAAAAUAAAAAACCUCGCCCCACUAUGGAGGAGUUGUUCUUCAAGUCGGCGCUGGACUACCACCGGCAGGACACCGACACCACGCUGGCCUUGCCGGCCGAGCCCAGCGCUCGGUCGUCGGCGAGACUUCCGUCCAGUGACCGCAGCCUGCGGGUCCAGCAGCAGGUUCAGCUCACGUUGGCACGGAAGUCCAAAAGGAGCGUGUCCAACGGCAGUGUCCACUUACAGAGAAGCGCCGCCAAGAGUUCCGACGCUGCGGACGGACUGAGGCCUCACACCGCGGUAAAUGGCUUUGGUUGCUCUCUGUCAAGCACCGAGCGUGUGCGGAGGCCUUCCAGGAGAGUGGAGGUCUCACCCCCAGGGACGCCCGACACGGCUCAGCGCCAUUUUGUCUUCAACGGCCGCCAUUUCGGUACAUCCACCCUGCUCGCUCGCAGUGUGUCCCACAGGAACUGCUCCCCGCUCGGCCGCUCGCUAGGCUCGCAGAAGCACUACGCCCUCUCCGAGGCCCCACGUUGGGUGCGGACGAACCCCUCCAUGCCCGCCAACGGGAGCGUCCGCUUUUGGUCGGACGCUUCGUUUCGCCAGCGCGGGCACGAGUCCGGGUGGAAUGAGUCAGGCUGGAAUGAGUCGGCUUUCCACCAGAGCGAAGGGAUGGUCGCCGCCCCCCGGUUACGUGACGUAACCUGGAUGUCAAAAAGUCACAGGCUUCUCAGACUGAACACGUACCCGCCCUCGGGCAACAGUUUGGAGGUGGACAUGGGGGGGCGAGCGGGGGCUGAGCUUCAUCAGAUCCAAGCCAACAACGUCUCAACUCCGAGGUCCGAGAAACCUCCGGAGAUGACGCUGGAGAGGGCCGUCAACCUGCUGUCUCAGGAGAACGAGUACACGCUGAUCAGCGCCGCCGCGCUCAUCCAAUCUCAGUGUUUCAAGAGCGCCGACGCAAGGAAGACGGUUUAUUUCCUGCGCGGCAUCAAAAAGCUGCUGCAGCUGCUCCACAACGACGAGGAGGAGGUGCAGCGCGCCGCUGCCGCCGCCCUGCGCAACGUGGUGUACCAGAGCAGCGACAACAAAAUGGAGGUGAAGGACCACGCCGGCCUGGCCACCAUUUUGGGCGUGCUGAAGAACAGUCACGAUACAGAGACCAGAAGACAGCUUGCCGGCCUCCUGUGGAACCUGUCUUCUCAUGACCUCCUGAAGGAAAACCUCUCCAGAGAGGCCCUGGCAGUCCUCACGAAGUCCGUCCUGGUGCCGAGCUCGGGCGUUUCCGAAGGGGAGAAUCCCAAAGAUGAAUUGCUCGCCGACGAUGAGGUUUUCUACAAUGCUACUGGCUGCCUCAGAAACCUGACCUCAUCUGGUCCAGAUGGAAGGAAAGCCAUGCGGGAGUGCGAGAACCUCAUCGACUCUCUGGUCUACUACAUCCGACGGACCGUGUCCGACUACAAGGCUGACGACAAGUCCACAGAGAACUGUGUGUGCAUCCUGCACAACCUGUCCUAUCAGAUCGAGUCGGAGCUGCCCGAUAAGUACGCCGCAAAUCUCCUACAAUCGCAAGAACACGUGACGCCCAAGCCAAAGGCGGUCGGAUGUUUCGCUCAGCGCAGUGCCAAGACCAAAGAGCAAGAGCAGGAUCACUGCAGGCUGCUUGAGGAGAAGGCCAACCCCCGCGGCAUCGAGUGGCUGUGGAGCUCCAUCACCAUCCGUAUGUACCUGUCGCUCAUCGCCCGCAGCUUGCGACACCACACGCAGGAGGCGGCCAUUGGAGCUCUGCAGAACAUCACGGCAGGGAACGGAGCGGUGACGGAAUCCAUCGCCUACACCAUCGUCCACAGGGAAAAUGGCCUCCAGCACGUGAGGAAAAUGUUGCAGGAGGGCGAGCUCGACGUAAAGAGGACGGCCGUGUCACUCAUCAAAAACCUCUCUCGGUUCUUCAAGCUGCACCCCGAUAUUGUUAGGCAGGUGCUGCCAGAGGUAGUGGAGCUCCUGCCCAAUAACGACACGGGGAGAGACCUUCCCUCGGACGUGACAGCGUUUCUGUGUCACAUCCUCUUCAACCUGAGCCAAAGUGAUGUGCACAACGUCCGAGCCCUGUUGAGCCAGGACGCCCUCCCUAAGAUCUGCAACAUCAGCAAGAAGGACAACGGUUACGGCCCAAGUAGAGCAGGUGUAGCAGCAUGUCUCCUUCUGCACGCCAUGUGGAACCACAGCGAUCUCCAUGGGACAUACAAGAAGUGUGGCUUCAGGAAAGCUGAUUUUAUAAAUGCAAGGACCACAAAGGCAGUAAACUCCAUCUAGAAGACGUCAAAUGUCACUUUUGUGGAACAUUUCACAUGUGGACAUAUAUUGUUGGUUCACAACUGAACUUUAUAGAUGUGCAUUCAUAUUUUAUUCAAUAGUUGACUUACAUAUUUUGUAGCUUUUAUAUAUAUAUAAUAGUGUAGAAAAUAUGACUAGCACUUGUUUUUUCACCCGCAACAGAAAAGUAACCACACUGAAACAGUUACAGGAAUAUCUUGUGCAACUUUAAACAAGCUGGUGUCUCUUUUUUACUGUUUUGAGUUGUUCGUCAAAAACAUCAACCUAAUGUCGUUGUUUAAAUGCCAAAGCCCACAAACAAGCACACGUGACAGCUAAUAACAAGAGUAAUAAAUCAUAGUGAAUGAAGCAAGGAAAACUGUCAGCCACUUAAUAAGAAAAUAUAUUUAUAUACACUUGGCUACGCAUGAAUUUUUCAAACAUCAUUCUAAAGGUUAAUAUUAUCUUGUUUUCCUCAUUUAAGGGGAUGCUAUUGGUUUUUGGUCCUCUAGAGUGCAGUAGUGCACCAUUUUUAAUGAAGUCUAAUUUUGGCGUCCUUUAAUGUGUCCCCAAGUGGCCUUCAACUCAUAAUGCAUAAAUUCCCCCGAAUCCUCA